AUGGGAGCUAGUGUAAUAGUUGUGAUACUGUGGGCCUUUUAUUUUAGGCUUGGGAACUCCGACAGGCUCGAGAUAGCAGGCUAUAAGUUACUCUCAUUAGACGACUCAGACUCACUCACUGACGGCUUGGAAAGGAUCGUCGAGCUAAAUUUUCCGCUUUACAAGAGCUCUUGUGCCAUGAACGCUUUGAGAGAUUUUUUGCCCAAGUGCAUAAAGCAUGGCAUUGACACAAUCGAUCCGAAGCAGAGAGUAAACGCUGCCAUCAAGCUUUCCUUCUGUGAAUUUCAAGAAUCAGGCCUCGAUGAGCUGCCUGAAUCUUGCCAAAAAUCAACUCAAGAUGGCUUGAAAAAGUGCCUAGACGAAAUGAAAAGCUCUGCCCAGUGGUGGACAACAUAUAGUGGCAAUUACCAGCGUUUGCCAACGUUGUGUUAUGAAAGUUCAUUGCCUUUUGAAAAAGAGCAGCUCUUAGACGUCUUUUUGAAUGUCACUCGAAUGUAUGCGAAUUUUAACGAGGUGCUAGACCUUAAACUACAACGUAGAUUUGAAGAAUACGAGGCAGCUGCUGAAAAGAAUCUUUUCAAAGUGGAAAGAAUCUUUGAGGAAUAUUUUAGUGACUUUGAUAACUCCUAUUCAGCACGCAAGGCAAUGUUCUUUCAAGAUUUUGAGCACUAUCAGAAGGACGUGCUGCUGGCAUUUGACAAGAACGUUAAAGUUGUUCAAAGAGAGGUUGGUAGUUUUGAAUCAGACAUAUGGCAAGAGGUCAUAGCAUUGAAGCAGUAUAUUCAAGAAAUGAACGCCGAACUUAAUGCGUCAGGCCCGAGAGAUCAAAUCAAAAGUCUAAAGGUUGAAAGUCUAAUACAGAUACAAGCUUUGAGAGAUAGUAUCAGAUUAGCUAGCGAAGACAGCAUUUCGUUACUAAAAUCGAAAGAUAAAAGUUUUAAUGACUUCUAUUCAAAGACAACAGAACAGCUUUCGAAACUGGAUGAAGCUCUCGGUAACACAUAUAUGGAUGCUCUGGUUGUUAUUCAGGAUCUCAGGGGGUUGGUCCAGAAUUCUAUUACUCCCCUGUUGAGAGAGGAUAUAGAGAAACCAUUAAGCCAGUUCUCACAGAACUUAGCUCAGAAUCUUGAGUACUUAGAUGAAAACUUUUGUGCGAAAGCUGAAUUGUGGGUCAGAAGUUUUGACGGUACAUUUCAGAGGGUACACGCCGAUCUUAACCUUACAGCACAGGAGGUUCUUCACAUCAAUGAAGACCUCGGAAAUUUCACCACAACUUUCGAGAGUCACUUGAAAGCACUGAACAUUUCAGUGAAGGUUUUCUCUGCCUCCAUGAGUAGUUUGGCGAGGCUACUGCGAGUUGUGCCACCAGCUGCGCGUCCUUUUUUAGCAAUCGCACUACUCAGAUACUGCCCCACGCUUUUGAUCCGCUUUUUUGGGAGUUUAUUUGAGAACGUGACACAAGUAUCUCGAGUCUGCGCCGUCUUAAUAGCAUUGAUAUCAGGCUGCGCUCUUGGUUUUAACCUUACUUAG